UGAUCAUCGGGUGGGUCAGGUCUGCAGUUCUGCAAAGACGUGAGAUCCUCCCGAUGACCGUGUAGAUUAAAUUAAAACAGGACGAGCACAAGUUGAAGUCAUCGCAGAAGGACAAGGUUCGGCAGUUCAUGUCCUUUACACAAGCUGGGGAGAGGACAGCUGUGUACUGCCUGACGCAGAAUGACUGGAAACUAGAAGUUGCCACAGACAACUACUUCCAGAACCCAGACCUUUACUACAAAGAAUCCAUGAAAACCUCAGUGGACCGCAAGAAGCUGGAGCAGCUCUACAACAGAUACAAAGACCCUCAGGAUGAGAAUAAAAUAGGCAUCGAUGGAAUCCAGCAGUUCUGUGAUGACCUGACUCUGGAUCCGGCGAGCAUGAGCAUACUUGUGGUGGCGUGGAAGUUCAGAGCGGCUACGCAGUGCGAGUUUAGCAGGAAAGAGUUCCUGGAUGGCAUGUCCGAGCUAGGCUGUGACAGUCCCGAAAAGCUCAAGGCCAUCCUUCCCAGACUAGAACAAGAGCUGAAAGAUACAGGGAAGUUCAAAGAUUUCUACCAGUUUACCUUCAAUUUUGCCAAGAAUCCAGGCCAGAAAGGUUUAGACCUAGAGAUGGCCGUGGCUUACUGGAAUCUAGUCCUCACAGGUCGCUUCAAAUUCUUGGAUCUCUGGAACCGCUUCCUGUUGGAGCAUCACAAGCGGUCUAUUCCCAAAGACACUUGGAAUCUCCUUCUGGACUUCGGAAAUAUGAUCGCAGACGACAUGUCAAACUAUGACGAGGAAGGAGCCUGGCCCGUCCUCAUUGACGACUUCGUGGAGUUCGCCCGGCCGAUUGUGACGGGGAGUAAACGCAACAUGACAUAAUGUUUGUCCCAGCCUCAUGCAGCGGAUGGAGUUUCUGUUUCUUCCAAUUUUCUUUUUCUGAAUGAGGUUUUGAUACAAAUGAGCCAAAAAGAGACUACUUCUCAAUAAGCCUGUCUGCAGCUUGUCAUUAAGAUUGUUCUUCCAACUGCAUAAGAUGCCUUGGAUGGCGAGUGACCUGGAAAACCAGCUCAGAAUGGAAAGCAGGAAGGGGAAUCAACGAGAGAGGAAACGCUUGUUUUUUUUGUUUGUUUUUUUGUUGGUGUCUGCUGGCUUGGACAGACUUUGGAAUUGCAAUAUGGAAACGGUGGGUACGCUAAAACUCAAAUUACCAACGGGUGUAGCUUUGAGCUGCUACUGUGGACUCACUAACAAGCACCCUUGGCACAGUCAGAGCGAGCUUUUAGCACAUGCAGAGGAUUAAGUUAUAGAUGCAGUAGGAUGUGGCCUCUUACAGUUGUGAAUGGACCAGUAUGUUAAAAUCUGCAUGUUUUUGUCAGCUGGUGUGAAGCAGUGCCAUGGAUGUUGCGGAGGAACAGAGUGACCUACAUUAUUUUCACUGAGAUUGCGAAUGUGUUGCUCUCUAACAAUCACACCAAGAGCAGAGAAAUGGCGUGCUUGCUUGUCAUUGUAUGUUUGUGUGUGUACGUGCGUGUGUGCGUGUGUGUGUGUGUGUGUGUGUGUGUGAGAGAGAGAGCUUGGUGGGGGUUAAACAUAUUGCCUAUUUUACAAUACAAUGCUAAAUAUUAUCAUUUGGUUUUAUUAAUAUAAGAAGUUAGGAUGGUAUGAUUUGCCUUUUACUGAGUGACAGCGAAAACGUUCAGAUCCACAUUUUGUAUCCAGACUGAGAGUUGGACAGAGCAGCAUGCUUUUUGAGCUCAGCACCAGCAGAAUCAUAUUGUUACAGUUGUAAAUUUAAAAAUUCACAUAGAAAUACGAAGAUGAAAUUUUAGAUGAACAAAAAUGUAUAUCUGAGAAAACAGGUAAUGACCUUUAUAAUCGUGAUUAGUACAUAAGAAGCAUUUAGGAUCGUCAUUUUUAAAAUGCUACAGCGUUACAUUUUUUUUUUUUAAGCUUUAGUUUUUGUUUUUUCUUUUGCUCUUGCAGUGUGUCAACAUGUGUACACAAAACGAAACUGACUGGCACAUUGACUGUUUUCUAUUAUCCAGGUGAUGAUCAUAUAUCACCUCUGCAAACUGCACUGAUUUACACUUUUUUCUGAUUUAGGAUUUUAUUUUUUAAAUCAGGCAGCACUGUAUACAGCUACAGAGCUAUUCGGGUUACUACAGUAGGUUUCACUUGCAAACUUUUUUAAAAUGAACAUCUACAUCAUAGCCAAGAGUAUUUAAACUGUUUGUUUACACUGUUGGAGGUUUUGGUCUGCAGCUUUUAUGUUAAAGCACCAUAGAACUACUACAGAGGCACUCAACAAUGCUGCGUGUGCUACCAUCUAGGGGUGGCUGUGGGUUAUAGCAUUUCUCAAUGCACUGUAUUCAGACUCUACAUCAAAGACUUGAGCCUAUAAAACAUAGUCAGUGCAGCAAUGCUUAGUGUCACGUUUACGUGUAAUUAUUAACACUAAACCACCCUGCGUAUGCUAAAUGCAGUGUGACAGAAGGUAGAGCUCAGGUACCAGUCGUUCUCUCCCACUCAUAGUGAGCAACGCUAGGCUUCCUGCACCCACAUUUGUGUUUGCCAUACUUUCUGUUCUGAACAGCGCCGCUGAUCUUGUUAUUGUCACCCCGAUAGAACUUUUGCUAUGUGUUGACAUGUGGAUGGAAAUAUCACAGCAUCAAAUUUCUCUGUUGUGUCAACAACUUCCGACAGGGGAAAUAACUGCCUUUUAUUAGUUAUUAGGUUGAUAAGUCAUAAGUCAUAAACUAUGGUGAUGCCCAUGAUUGUAGACUAAGAAGUUCAAGGCAAAAUCGGAUAUGAAGUUUAUUAUGAAUUCAGUCCCUCAUAGAGUGCAGUGGCAAACAAGACAGUGAGUGUAGAAGCUGAUUAAGGUGUCACACUGUUUAUCAUAGUAACUAAGCAAGUUAGACGUGUGUCGGUUCAAUCAAAUAGCUCAUAUAAAGUGUUCCUGACUGUGUUGCAGCUCUUCUGUUAUACUGUCAAAGUUGUGCACAAACCCAUCUUGGUCAAGGCAGUAACAUGUGUGAAAGUUUUUUGGGGUUUUUCCCAGUUGACUGUUGUUUAAAACCUGAUGUUCUGUGUGGUUCAGGAGCAAGAAAACAUCUUUCAGUAUUCAGUAUGUUAGUAUGGUACAUCUGGUACGUUUUUAGUUGUCAAAUGUGUGGUCCACUGUUUCUAGUCAUACAGAUCAUUCUUAAUGAAGCAGUAUUAUUUUUGCCAGCAAGGAAACAGGUAUUUACAGAAUAAUAUGUUUUGUUGCAGCAGCGUACCAUACAUUGUUUUCUUGAAAAAUGGUGUCAAUAAAGCAUGUUGUUUUUAACAGUCUUGAAAAA